UGAGGGAAAGUAUUCAGCUGUUAAGAUAACGAAGUCCAAAUGGGAAAGGCAGAAGACAAACAUACUCGAACUUUUUUACAAUUUAUACUGUUUGUCACAUGUUUUAGUGAGUGAUCACCCGCAUGAGGACGUAUGUACAUAAGAAGUGAAAGUAGGAUAGAAGUGUACUGUUUCCAAGUGAUUUUUGUCUGCUUUCAUUUGUUUUAAUUAUAUUGGACGGUGUUCGUAUCCGCUUUUUUAUAAUGAUGUCGGAUGAUGAAUUACCAGAAUCGCCUAUUCCCUGGCAGACACCUGAAGAAAAAUUGCUUGCAAAUUCACGAACUGGUGACUAUACAGAAGUGAAAGAGCUUCUUAGACAGUUUUCAGAAAAGCAAAUUUCCUUAAAUAUUAAUUGUAAAGGUAACCAUGAUUGGACACCUUUACAUUAUGCAUGCUAUUUUGGUCAUGAAAAAAUUGCAGAUAUUUUAAUUAAAUUAGGUGCAGAUGUUAAUGUAAUAAAUGAUACUGGUGAUACUCCUUUGCAUAAAGCUUCAUAUACAAGUCGAGAGGAAUUAGUUUUACUUUUAUUAUCAAAAAAUGCUGAUGUUUUUAUAAGAAAUAGUGAAGGGCAAACAGCUAGAGAUAUUUGUGAGAAUGAAGAUGUUAAAAAGCUUUUAAAAGCUGCUGAAACAGCAGAUACUGAAAAAAAGAACUCAAUGUUACUGCAUGCAGCACGUGAAGGGAAUAUACAAGUACUAGAAAAUCUGUUGAAAAGUGACCAUCCUCCAGAUAUUAAUUGUGUUGAUUCAUUGGGAAACUCGGCUUUGCAUUGUGCUGCAUAUAGAGGGAAAAAAGAAGCUGUUAUUCUUUUACUUCAGCAUGGAAUUGAUACAACCCUUAAAAAUUUGAGAGGUCAGCAACCUGUUGAUUUAGCUUUGAAUUUACCAACAAAACAAAUACUUAAAGUGCAACCUGUAAAAUCAUUUCAAAAAACAGCUGCAAGAUUUGAAGGACUACUAUUAAGGAAAAGUCGAUUUCUUGGAUGGAAGGAAACUUGGACUAUACUAGAAAAAGGAGUUAUGUCUUUCUUUAAUUCCAGGGCAGAUUCUACUACUGGUACAAGAAGGAAAGGAUACAAAUACCUUGAUGGCGCCAAAGUUGUUGCUGAUGAAUCAGAUGUUGCAGUUUUCAUAAUCAUAUUUUCUGAUAAUUCUCGACAAAGAUUUAGUGUGCCAUUGGUUAAUCAGCAGCAAGUUGACAGACAGAAAUGGAUCAAUUCUAUUAAUGAACAUAUUGAAUUUAGCAGUCAUUAUCUAAAACAAGGAUUUUCUGACUCUGAUCCUGAAGAAGAGGAUGACAUAGUACCUGUUGGUACUAUGAAAGACAAACUACAAACUGCCCAAGCUCAUUUACAAUUGCUAGAAAAAAGUUUUAAUGCAUUAAAAUCAAAAUAUAAUGAAUAUAAACCUGUGGACAAUGGCAGUAAAUCAGUAUUUUAUACAGAAGUGCCAUGGGUGAGUUUAUAUAGUGAUAUUGGAAGUUUGGUUGAAUCUGCUCAGAAUGUGUCUUCAAGUUUAUCUCAUUGCUUUGCAAUAUUUUCUCAACAAGAGCAGGUCCGUAACUUACAAUUGAAGCAGUUGGAGGAACGAUGUCGCUUUCUUCAAGAUGCUUUACAAACUCUUGCUCAAGAGCAUCAUGAGUUAGAAAAGUCUUUAGUUAGUCCUUUCCACACUCCUCCAAAUAUUCCACAUUAUGAUGAUACUGAUUGUGAUGAGUUCUUUGAUGCUUUUGAAGGAGAUUAUUCCCCUUCCCAAAAUAAAUCCAGUAAAGAUGACUCAAGUUCCAAUUCUGGAACUCUGGGUGCAACUGAAACAACUGGGCAAUACGUUUCAUUUUCCAUGGAUUCAUCUGAAAAUGAAACAACACCUGUGCCAUCUAAAUGGGGGCGAAUGACAUUACCAGUGCCUCAAUUCUCUAGAAAUGAUUUUAGCGUGUGGAGCAUAUUGAAACAAUGUAUUGGCAAAGAACUUUCAAAAAUAACUAUGCCAGUAGUUUUUAACGAACCUUUAAGUUUCCUACAAAGAUUGUGUGAGAAUAUAGAAUAUUUUGAACUCCUAGAAAAAGCAAAUACUUCAGAUGAUCCAUUGAAACGGAUGGAGUAUGUCUCUGCUUUUGCUGUGGCUUGUAUAUCUUCUAAUUGGGACAGAUUAGGGAAGCCUUUUAACCCUUUGUUAGGUGAAACUUAUGAACUUAUUUGUAAAGAAAGUGAUGGUUUCAGAAUAGUAACAGAACAAGUCAGUCAUCACCCUCCUGUAACUGCAUUUCAUGCAGAUUCACCACAUUUUAUUUUCACUGGAGCAAUACAUCCCAAACUGAAAUUGUGGGCUAGAUCUGUUGAAGUUAAACCAGAAGGAACAGUUAUUGUCAAACUUCUGAAGCAUAAUGAAACAUAUACGUGGACUGGUGUUACCACUUGUGUACAUAAUAUAAUAGUUGGAAAGCUUUGGAUGGAGCAAUGUGGAAUAAUGGAAAUAACUUGCCAUACGAAUGGCUUGGUUGCUGAAUUGAAUUUUAAACCUGCAGGCUGGUACAGCAAGGAUUUAAACUGUGUAGAAGGUUUCAUUUUUGAUAAACAAAAAACAAAACUUUCCUUUUUAUACGGUAAAUGGACUAGUUUUAUUCGAAAAUUGGAUUGUCAAUAUUAUGAUGAAUAUCUUAGACUGAAAGAUAUAAAUCCACAGAGUGAUGGUCGAACUUCAUCUCCUCAAAAAGAAAAUAGUAUUUUAAAUAAAUUUCAGCGAAAAAAAAGUGUGCCAGCUCCUGUGGAAAAUGGUGACAAAACUAAUGAAUAUCAGUCCCUGGAAGAUUUGCCAUAUACAGUGGUAUGGGAAGCUGAUCCUCGUGCAGAAUGGUCUUCAGAAUAUUAUAAUUUCACACAAUUUGCUAUGGCAUUAAAUGAGUUUCAUGAAGAUAUGAAAGAAAUUUUACCACCAACCGACUCUAGACUUCGACCUGAUAUUCGAAAAUUAGAAGAAGGAGAUAUAGAUGGAGCAGCUUUUGAAAAGAACAGAUUAGAAGAAAAACAAAGAGAAACUAGAAAAAUUAGAAAGAGAGAUAAGAUUACUUGGUAUCCAUUAUGGUUUGAAUCUAAACCACAUCCAUAUGCUAAAGAAGAAUUUUGGUCUUAUAAAGGGACUUAUUGGGAUAGAAACUUUUCAGACUCUCCAGACAUUUUUUGAUUUUAAGCAAAAUCAAAAUUUAUUUAAAGUGUAUUUUAGUAAAAUAUUUUUAUAUAAAGUGUUUUUAUGGAAACUGUAGAUAUUCUGUAUGAAUAGCUCUUGCUUACACAUAUCUCAGUGUGAGAUUUGUACUUAUAAAGAUUGUCUAUAUGUUAAUAAGUGUAAAUUAUUGUAAAAGUUGUGUACAUAUAUAUAUAAUUAUAGAUAAAU